AUGUGGUUCCUCUCUAUAGAAGCGGUAGUGGCGGUUCUAGCGCUUAUUGGUGGCCUAGUGUACUACGUCAUUCGAAAACAAUCCUACUGGAAAGAUCGUGGUGUACCUCAUCCAACUCCGGCGUUUCUUUUAGGAAGUUUUAAGGAUGUUGGCCCAAAAUUCCACUUUACGGAUUAUCUUCAGCAAUAUUAUACCCAGUACAAGGGUCAACACCCUUUUAUGGGCGUGUAUAUGCUCAUGACACCUGUUGCGCUUCCUACGGACCUAGAGCUUGUAAAGUCAAUUUUUGUAAAAGAUUUCCAAUACUUCCAUGACCGGGGAAGCUACUAUAACGAGAAGCAUGAUCCGUUGACAGCUCACUUGUUCAACUUGGAGGGUCAAAGAUGGAAAACUUUAAGGAACAAGCUAACACCAACGUUCACAUCUGGUAAGAUGAAGAUGAUGUUCCCAACGAUUGUUGAGGCCGGUAAGCAGCUGAGGGACUUCAUGGAGAGAAACGUGGAGAAGCAGAGUGAACUGGAGCUCAAAGAUAUUAUGGCGAGAUUUACGACGGAUGUGAUUGGAACGUGUGCAUUUGGUAUCGAGUGUAAUAGUUUACGCGAUCCAAACGCGGAGUUCCGAGCGAUGGGCAAACUGUUUAUGGAUCGACAACCAUCGCAGUUCACUUAUUUUAUGAUGCAGUUUUCACCCAAGUUGAGCCGAAAGUUAGGAAUCAAACUUAUCGAUAAGGAUGUAUCUAAAUUUUUCCUGAAAGUGGUUGAGGACACCAUCGAUUUUCGGGUGAAAAAUGGCAUACAGCGAAACGACUUUAUGGACUUGAUGAUACGGAUGCUACAGAACAAUGCAAAUCCCGAGGAAUCGCUCACAUUCAAUGAAGUAGCUGCCCAGGCGUUCGUAUUCUUCUUUGCUGGGUUUGAAACGUCCUCUACUCUGCUAACCUGGACACUGUACGAGUUGGCGUUGAAUCCGGAAAUUCAAGAGAAGGGUCGUCAAUGCGUGAUGGAAGUUCUACAGAAGUACAACGGAGAGAUGACUUACGAGGCUGUUCAUGACAUGAAAUAUUUGGAUCAAAUUUUGAAUGAGGCCUUACGCAAGUAUCCUCCAGUUCCGAUGCAUUUCCGAAUGACGUCAAAGGAUUAUACUGUACCCAACACGGACUCCGUUAUCGAGGCUGGUACAAUGCUGCUGAUACCGAUCUUUGCUAUUCAACGUGAUCCGGACCUAUUUCCGGAGCCGGAAAAGUUCGACCCCGAGCGUUUCAGCCCAGAGGAAGAGGCAAAGCGUCAUCCGUUCGCGUGGACACCGUUCGGCGAAGGUCCGAGAGUGUGCAUCGGGCAAAGGUUCGGAAUGAUGCAGGCGCGGAUCGGUUUGGCGUAUUUGUUGCAGGGCUUUAGCUUCGCUCCCUACGAGAAAACCUCAAUGCCGAUGAAGUUUGUCCUUAACUCCUUUAUCCUUUCACCGAGGGAUGGUUUGUGGUUACAGGUGAAUAAAUUAUAG